GCCACGUCUUCUUUUGCGACAUUUUUAAAUAUUCAAUACACUACCAGCUAACAUGUCACGGGCUUCCAAACUGACAUUGGCCGCCACCGGUCUAGGCACAGCUGGAAUUGUCUACUUUGUGCACUGGGCACAAGAGCAAGAGAAGGCGUCAAUGCACAAGGCGGUUGAACUUGACAUGGAAAAGCAGCGCAUUCGACAGGAACGACAGGCUGACUUCGAGAUGCAAAGGGCUCUUGAAGAGGAAUACCGCAAACUCCAAAAAGUCUCACCAAGCUUAGACGAACCUAGCGGAACGCAAAGAAGUCAAGGACAAGGACAAGGGUCCUGAGGCAACUCCUCCUCUGCCGGUUUGACGGCGUGUGACGUGAUGGCUCGGGCGUUGCCAUGGCUUUCAACCUCAAAAGAACGGCAGCUUCCCGGUUAUAGAUUAUACCCCAUGUACAAUAGACAAAGAGUCAUACACUCCAAUCCUUACGGAGGAAUACGCUGAUGAGUAGAAUCAUGGGCACUCUAAAUGGCAAGCUCACGCUACUAUGUGACUAGCAUGUUGCUAGAUUAUGAUUCACAUAGCAUCAAUGUUAUGGAGGACGUGGAUGAGUGAUGAAUUCGACUAAGUGAGGCUAUCUGAGCAGAAGUAUCAACAUGGGCGCGGUGGGUGGUGAGCAGCCCGGCCGUUGGGCCGUGACCUUAUGCGACAGACGG